GUGGGUUUUGGGUAUUUUUCCUUAUGGAUCUUCAGUACCAAGUUGGCAAAGUGACUCAUGUCAUUGACCCCAGCAACAUUUGGCUACAGCUGUCAACAGUUGAGUUUUGCGAACUUGAAACUGACAUCCAAAAGUGUUUCCACAAUGAAAAACCCGCCACACAAAUCGGCAUGGUCCAGCCCGAGCAGUUUGUUAUUGCAUAUAGCUCUUCAGUUGAGAAAUGGUUACGAGCUCGCAUCUCAAGGGUUAUGGGAGAAAAAGCUGAUUUAUUUUACUUGGACUAUGGGUUUGCUGAGCAACGACCACUCAAUAGAAUAUCAACUGAAUUUCCUCCACGUUUCAGUGAACUAAACGCCCAAGCAUUGCAUUGUAGAUUGUAUGGUAUUGAACCUCUGGCCCCACCAUCAUGGAUAAACCGUGCCGGGAAAGUACUGAGUAAUGUGGUUUCUGGACAAAAUUUUUACGUAUUCUUCCAUUGUUCCUCAGUUGGCAAAUAUGUUGUUUCACUCUACAAUUAUCAAACCCAGCGCAGUGUCAUCCAUGAAUUGUUGGAGUCUGAAGUUUGUAAACCUGAUGGGGAAGUUCCUAUUGCAGAAUAUAUUGCCUCUCCAUCUAUACCAUACAACAAUGACAAUCGAGGUUUUCCUGCAGACCAUUUCCACGCACCUAAAGCCUAUUCUAAAGUGGCCGAUACAUGCAAAUCUGAAGAUUUUGAUGCAGUUUCAAAUAGCCGGCACCCUCACACUGGCAUACACAUUGACGACAAGAAUUACUGGAAUCAAACGCGAAUUCCAAGUGCUGACCUCUCGGUGUUUGAUGCGACGUCGGAACUGACUCCUGAGAAACUUGCCAACAUGGACAAAAUGCAUCAGUUCCAGAAAGCUCAGCAGGAGGUUCAGAACCUUUUCAGUCACAAUGCUGACUAUAUGUUCGCUUCAAAUAGUGAGUGUUCUCUCGACUGUAACUAUUCUAACAGCAAGACACUCUCAGAGGUAAUGAAUGAUGUCCAAAGCCAGAUUCAGGAAUUGUAUACGGACAAGAAGUUUCAAACGGAGAAUAAUAAUCCAAGAAAUCUACCAUCAACUCGGUUUGAUUCAACUCCUAUAUCACAUCCACCAGCACGGAGUCAGGAUAUUUGGACAACUAAGACCCGUUCGGUGCCUCCUGGUUUCCAACCUCUCGGUUCUACUGAAACCUCAAACAACUGUCCUCGGAGAAAUUUCGAUGACUUCACUACUUGGAGCCCAUCAUUCGAACCUCGCCAACAACCAUCGUUAAGUCCAAACUAUUUGAAGCUGGUGAAACCUAGUACUGUAUUGGUGCCACCUUCAAUGUUCAACAGUUGUUCAAAGACGGAACCACCAAAACCUAAUUUACCCAGGAAUAACUGGUCAACUUCAUGGGGAUCAAAUUGCAGCCAUUCUGUAAUUGAUACUAAUUUAACAGAAUUAGCUCAGAAACUCCAGCAGGUCCUUCCUUCAGCUCAUUCCAAUGUACACUGGCCACAGCUCUACUGGGAAAUGGAUCAGCUCUUCCUUGAUUUCAGAGAACUGUCCAGCACCCAGAAACUGAACCUUAUUCUGAAGACCGUCUUAACACAAGCGAUUCAAGAACCCAACUUCUUUAAUAAUGCCAUCACUCUAAUAUUUUAUUUUCGAGAUCAUAACAGUUUUGAGAAUAGUCUGCGCACAACUAUCACAGAUUUAGAGAUUGAUCAUAUUAAGCCGGAAAGUUUGACUGCUGAGACCUUUGCAGACCUGUUGGGCCAUAUUUUUGUUGAAAUCUGCUCCCGAAACUCUCAAAGAUGUUCUUUCACACCAUUUAGGACAAUUCUCACCAAAUGGUUGAACUUCUCCAAUCCCAACAAUUCUCCACAAAGUGACUGUCAUUUGUGUAAUCUCUACCAGCAUUCAUUCCUCGAUUUUUGGACAGUUGCUGGUCUCAGUUGUUUGCAGAAUCUGUCUUCAGAAUUCACGGGUUUUCUCAGGAGAGAGAUGAAGUCAAUGAUCCUUAGUACCAGUGUGGAAUUUGCGGUGCGGUCAAGGUUGUUUUCCAUCUUUGUGGAACAAGAACAGAUGCUGUACAGUCAGGAACAGAAAUCAGUUCAAACAGUUGGAGUCCAGACAGACAUUCCAACUGUACCAGAAAAGGCUGAUAUUGAUCCUGUGCAAUUGUCACCUGAUCACAAUAUUCCAAUGUACCAGCAGAAUGGAGACACGUCAGCUGUUGAUUCCUGGACCCAGCCUAAUUUCUCUGAGCCAGCAGACAUCAUUGACAACGUGGAGCCAGAUUAUAACUCCAGCCAAAAUGCGCCUUUAGAACAUCAGUUCAGUGCCCUUUACAGCAGGGAUAACCCAGCCUCCCCUCCUCUGACUCCGCCAUUGGAUUCAACUCGAUGUUGUUCAACUGAACUCUUACAAUCGUCUGAGUUUCCAUGUGCUGCUUCGCCUCCGCGGUCAGCAUCACCAGAACCAGAACCAGAGCCGGAAGAAGAGAACGACUCCCCACCUCUCAACUCUGAUGAUUUGGAGGUCCUGCCAGAGAGGGUCUCUCACCAGGAGAAAUAUCUCUCACAACGGUACAGUUCCGAUUUGGAAUUGAAACGACCGUCUGCGAUGUCUCUGAACUUGUUUGAACCUUACUUCCUUGAAAAGACCCUUGAGUCAGCAUCGGCCCCUUGUCCCUCUCCACCUCAACCACCUCCUCAAAUCGAAGAAGAAAAAGAACUACCCAACAUGGUAGAAGAGGUCGAGGAGAAACAAGCAAAUUCAGAAUUGUUGCGAGGGAGCUAUGCUGCUCGAGUGGCUGAUUCAUCUGGUGAUGGCCCUAAUAGGAAUGCCAACAGCCGGACUUCCAACCGAAAUAAUCCAUUAUUUGACUAUCCCGAUGAUCACAUUGCUGCUAUACGAAAUAAUGCUAGGGAUAUCGGUAAUGGCAAAAUUCGAUUUGUUGCUAAGCGACUGGUUCCUGAGAAAGGGACCACAGUUAUGAACACGUCCUGCAAUUAUGAACUACGGGGUAAAAAAAAUGGCACUUUCCCAUCUUUCUCCUCUACUAAUGCGACACCCUUAACUUCCUCUUGUGUGUCCUCACAAACUUCAAAAGGAAGGGCUUCUUCUAGCACUAAAAAGACACUGUCAGGGAACAAGCCUGCUAGCAAUAUGUCACAGGAGCACAUGACAAAGUCAGUGCAUCUCUCUAGUUUACGCACAAAUUCGGAAUCAGACACACGAACUUCCACUGCCGAUGUUAGGUAUGCGAACACAGAUGCCAAAGCUGGCAGCAUGCACUCUCAGCCCGAGCCCAGCUUGAAGCUGAAUUCACGGUCAGUGGGUAGGACUCAAAGUUGUAGUCAGGAAAUACCGUGUUACCAGUGUACUAUAUGUGGUAGGGAAGGGCAUCAGAGUCACCAAUGCCCCAACCAUUCCAAGUAUUUUUUUAUGUAACUGCUGUUCACAUUCAGUGUUGGUCCCUGGCGACUAUUGUUUGGUAUUUUUGAAAGGUUUCAUCUGUCUAUCAAUCCGCAUUGCAUUUGAUACUGAUGGAUAAUCAAUCACUUUCAAUCGAUCACUAAAAUCUCUUGCACUGCAUCAUCAAUUCUUCAUCAUCUGUGUGUGCAUGUGUGUAUGUAUGUAUGCACGCAUGAAAGUAUGUUCAUGUAUGUUUCAUGUAUGUUUAUUUUCCAAUACACCUUGGCUAUCAGUUUUGUAUAGUAAGAAAUAAUAACACCCAUCAAAAGAUACUUGGGGAGACCUUUAACUCUAAGUAAUAUUCUAAGUUCUGUUGUAAUGUAGAGCAAGAGAUGAAAGCUCCCGGCAAGUCAAGACCUCAUUUCUUGGUUGAAGUCAGUUCUCCUCACAUCACUAAGGGAAAGUAUGAAUGCCACACACCCCGUUACCCAGCUACUAAAAUAGGGCUUUAUUAGCCUAGUUAAAUUUGAUAAUCUAGGACCCGCUUCUAAUAGUAUUCACUCUAAUUUUCACUUGCUUUCUUCUUACUCUUUGUUAUCUUCAAAUAAUGAUACAUCAUGCUUUCUUUUUCUUUGUUUUAUUUAUUUUCUAGUAGCAAAAAUGGCUAUUAAAACUUGGUAAUUGCUAUUGUUAAUUAAUAUUUCACUUAUUACCUUAGACAGAUGUAAGCGGUUUUUGGUUUCUGUCUGGAUACAAGCCCGUUGUGUUACAUUCAAAAUGAAGUUUCUUUUUUAAGCUCUUAUAUUUUUUGUAAUAGAAGUUAUUUUCUUCUUCAGACUAUUAUAGAACUUGUUGCAAAGUUGUAUAAAAUCCUAAAAACAAAUAAUGCAUGUAUGUGCAUACACACACACAGUUUCAGUAGCUAUAUAACAUUACCCAGGUUAACAAUAUAAUCUUAAUUCCCUAGUAUUUUGAGUUCAAGUCACACCAAGGUCAUGUUUGCCUUUCAUUUUUUGGAGGUCUCCUAUGAAACAAAUAGUGUUCUAGAAGUAGUGUUGCUCAAAGUGACUCGUGAAGGGGUACUAUACUGUGACUACAGUCCAGUGAUUGAAAGUAGUGGAGAAUUUUUAACCCUUGAGCAUUUAAACUGGCUAUAUCUGGCCAAAAUAUUCUUUAUGUUCAAAUCGGCCAGAUCUGGCAUCUCACACCUACCCUGGAAUGUCGUUUUAAUUCAAAAUGAUGUGAAUAAAUAAGCAGUACAUGUGACAGAGUAAU